AUGUGGCUCGGAAUUGGGGCAAUUUGUCUUCUCCUGCUUCUACAGUCCAAUGUCGAGGCUAGGAAGGCAAAGAAAAAAGUCUCGGAAAAAUGCAAAGACGCACCGGACAAAUCGAGGCAGGCCAUCUGCGAGCGGAUGCAGGCUUGGACGAGACAGGCCAAGAAAACCGAGCACAUCCGGCCAAAAGCAAAGAAUGUGCCUGCGAAGCGUCUGCUCGACGGGACCGUGGCCACCGAAAAGGAUCUGGGUGAUUGCCUGUCGAUGCGUUGCGUGUGCGAAGCGUUAACCGGCAUCAGCUCAUCCAACUGUACCUACAGAAGCUACCAACUGCAAAAAUCGGUCCGGAAGGAAUACCGGAUGAUGACCGAUCUCGACCGGGCAAGAUACCAUCAAGCACUCAGAAAACUCAAAGACAACGGAAUGUACGAUAAUUACAUCAUGUACCACUUGGUGGCAAACGAUGACGGCAUCGGCGGUGCUCACAACGGACCCGCAUUUCUCCCCUGGCAUCGCGAGACGCUGAAAAGAUUGGAGCUGUCGCUGCGCAAAAUCGAUCCCCAGGUCUCGCUGCCGUACUGGGACUCAACCCUCGACGCGCCGCUGCCAGAUUUGACGUCUUCGGUGAUGUUCCUUGAUGAACUGGCCGGUCCAGCCCAAGGUCUCGUCAACUCCGGCCCGUUCAAGGGAUACGCAGAUGAGCCAAACGCCACCGACGGCGCCACCCGCGCCCACAUUCUACGCAAUACCGCCGGGGAAUUCAGGGCCGUGUACAGAGAAGACCGUGUGCAGCUGAUCCUGAGCUUCCCGAACGUCUCCCAGAUGUUGGCCAGGUCGAAUAGCGUUGGGCCGAAUUGCCCUCCGAAUCAGUACAACUGUCUGGAGUACGAGCACGGAAUUGUGCACAAUACGGUGGAUGAAGACAUGUACGACACCAACACCUCGCCACGGGACCCGCUUUUCUAUAUGCACCACGCCUUCACCGAUUUGAUAUGGGAGAUGUGGAGGCAGAAAUGGCAGACUCGCGACGAACGUGCAACUCAAUGGCCACCGAGACCGGAAUGUUCAACGACUCAACACCAACUGAAUUGGCCGAUGGCACCGUACUCGAAUCUACUCAACAUUGACGGCAUUUCCAACGAUUAUAUGGACUACAUGAUCACCUAUGCCCCCCGUCCAACCUGCAAUGCGACGACGGCUUGUGGUAGUCGUUUCCUGUUCUGCGACCUGACAAAGCCGGCAGCCCCACGUUGCGUGUCGAAGAUUAAGUUGGGCGGGCAGUGCGAUACCUUCACGGCCAGCGACGUGUGCUACGGUGGCGUCUGCGUGGCUGGAAAAUGCGCCACCGGAGCUGCG